AUCCUGUACGUGUAGCAAAGCUCACUGACAAAUACCGUACGCGAAAAGGAAAGGUUCGAACCUGCAACUGGUGGCGCUGCUUCCCCUUUGCCGCCGUAGCGCCGGCCAUGCUCACGGUGUCUCUCCUAGACGCGCAACUCGCUCGGUGCUCCUCCGCGCGCCAUCUCCUCCAGAUUCACGGCCAGUUCAUCGCCUCCGGCCUCCUCGCCGAUGCCUUCGCCGCCAGCCGCCUCCUCCUCUUCACCUCCGCUACCCGCCUCCUCCCGCUCCCCGUCCACCAUUCGUUCCGCCUCCUCCGACUCGUCCGCUGCCCCAACGCCUUCUCCUGCAACACGCUCCUCAAGGCGGCUCUGCUCGCCGGGACGCCGCACCUCUGCCUACCACUCUACACCUCCCUGCCAGCGUCCCCCGACGCCUACACCCACCCCAUCCUCGCCGCCGCCUGCGCCGCCAGGAGGGACGUGAAUGAAGGCAGGCAGGUGCACUCACACGCUAUCAAGCACGGGUUCGGUGAUGAUUUGUACCUCAGGAACGGCCUGAUGCAUAUGUACUCUGUUUGCGGCUGCCUCUGGGACGCACGCAGGGUGUUUGACGCAGGUCCCGUGUGGGACGCUGUUUCGUGGAACACCAUCCUGGCUGCGUACGUGCAUGCUGGGGAUGUCGACCAGGCGGUUGGGGUGUUCGCACGGAUGCCACAGCGGAAUGCCACAGCGGUGAGCUCCAUGGUGUCAUUGUUUGGGAGGAGGGGUAUGGUGGACGAGGCAAGAGGGGUGUUUGACGAGGCCGAGUGCAGGGAUAUUUUCACGUGGACUGCCAUGAUUUCUUGCUUUGAGCGGAACAGCAUGUUUGCAGAGGCGUUGCACAUGUUCUCGUGCAUGCGUCGAGAGAUGUGGCCUGUGGACGAGGCGCUGAUGGUCAGCGUGGUGUCCGCUUGUGCACAGUCGGAGGUGAUUCGAAAUGGGGAACUAUGCCAUGGACUGGUUAUCAGGGCUGGCCUUUGUUCGCUGCUAAAUAUUCAGAAUGUGCUGAUCCACAUGUACUCAUGUUGCCUGGAUGUUGUUGCAGCACGGAGGUUGUUUGACAGCGGUGACUGCUUGGACCAGUUCUCCUGGAACUCAAUGAUAGCAGGCUAUCUAAAGAAUGGUCAUGUCGAAAAUGCAAUGACAUUGUUCAAUGCAAUGCCUGACAAGGACAAUGUUUCUUGGAGUACAAUGAUUUCUGGUUGUGUGCAGAAUAACCAAUCGUCAGAUGCACUCGCUGUCUUCGAUAACAUGCGAGCCCAGGGAGUCAGGCCGGAUGAGGUUACUAUUGUUAGUGUUAUAUCUGCAUGCACUAAUCUGUCUGCUCUGGAGAAAGGAAAGUCGGUGCAUGAUUAUGUAAGGCAAAACAAAUGUUACAUCACUCUUGUACUUGGGACUAGCCUCAUUGACAUGUACAUGAAGUGUGGAUACUUGGAAGCUGCAAUGGAUGUCUUCAACAUAAUGGAAGAAAAAGGAGCACCUUGCUGGAAUGCUGUCAUUGUGGGGUUGGCCAUGAACGGCCUUGUGACGAAAGCCCUUGAGAUGUUCUCAGAGAUGGAAGCAUCCGGCACUGCCAUCCCGAAUGAGAUAACUUUCAUCGGAGUUUUAAGUGCUUGCAGACAUGCUGGCCUAGUUGAGGAGGGCCGCCACUUCUUCAAGUUGAUGCAACACAAGUACCGAAUUGUGCCGAACAUCAGACACUAUGGAUGCAUGGUUGAUCUUCUUGGACGUGCUGGAUAUGUUAAGGAGGCUGAGGAUCUGAUUGAGAGCAUGCCCAUGUUACCUGAUGUUCCAGCAUGGGGUGCAUUGCUUGGUGCCUGCUGGAAGCAUGGUGAAAAUGAGGUUGGAGAAAGGGUGGGCAGGAAGCUUGUCAAUCUGGAUCCUCGCCAUGACGGAUUUCACACUAUGUUAUCUAACAUAUAUGCUAAAGAGGGGAUGUGGCAAUCAGUAAAUGACCUAAGGGACUCCAUGAAGCAACGACAUGUCCCAAAAGUUUCAGGAUAUAGUGCCGUUGAAAUGUCUCAUUCUUGAGAUACUAGCAGUUGAUCCACCUCAAAUGAAAAUCUUUAGAUAGGUCCAAGUUGAAGCCUUACAAGAUUCAAAUAAAAUAUUCACAUGGCAUCAACAACCAAAUUAUUAAUCUUUUAAACUUUUACCAGAGGUCAGGCAGAACUUCCUUUCCUUCCUUAUUUCUUUGCAUGAUAAUCCAUCCAUCUGGAAUACUGAACAGGGAACAACGCACGCCAUCGUCAGGGUUUCCUUAUUUUUAAUUUUUUGUUUGUCGUGAACCAUGGUGCAAGCAAAUGAAUAUCUUUCUCAAAUGUCAAAUGCAAUGCUAAACUUACCAGGGUAAGUAUAAAAAGAAGAUAUAACUGGGAUCAUGAUGAUGGAAAAAGAAAGGAAGAGCAAAGGUAAAUUAACUAUGGGGUGGAAAGGUGAUACAGAAAAAAGACUUGUAAUUCUUUUAUCGUCUGAACAACAUGUAUAAGAAAUGCUCAGAAAAAGAUUUGUGGGUAUUUUUUCUCCAUAAAAAGGCUAUAUCUAGGCUAAUUCCUUUCCAAGCUACACAUAUGUUUAUUAGGAAAAUAUGUUUAUUUCACCAUCUUCAGAAUUGUUACGAAAAUGUGAUGCCAUACUAACAUAUCUUAUUUGUGUUAGAAGAAUACAAUUCCAUUUGGUAUCAAGAAAUAUUUGAUUAGGAAGGGAGGUAGAAUAAAAGGUAUUGGGUAUGCAGGUUCUAGUGGUUCUAGUUGAGGUUUACUAAUUUCACAUAGCUAUGGUUAGUUAAUAAAGUAAUUUCUUAGAACCUUGUAGUUGUAAAGGGAAAUGAAUUAGAGUCUUAUUGACUGAUAAAACAAAUGUGAGAAGACAAUUCACAUGUAUUGACUUAAAAAAAUUCUCAUAUGCUUGUUGCAAGUGUGAAUCAUGUGAGUUGCGAGAUCAACCUAAACAGAGUCACAUUGGACCUACUAAAUUAUAAUUGUAAGACUUGAGGGGACAUCAAUAAAUGACUAAGUGAUUGGUCUUUUUACUGUUGGGGGCUUCCCUACGGUUUUCUGGUGAAAAAGAAGACUGACUGGUCUGCUUUUAGACCAACUGAAAAUAUUGCUGGAUACCCACUGUGAGUUCCUGGCACAUUACUAGAAAAUACGGAACAAUUUUGUUUUUUCAUACGAGAAGAGAUAUUAUGAAGUAACCAUCACAGUCGAGCAUGGUUUUUCUUUAGUUUGAUCAAGUCCUAGGCUCCUAGGUAGUUACCGUCGGUCUAUGCUAAAGGGAAAAGAAUAAGUCUCUUUGACCGAUAAACAAAUGAGGAUAAUACUAUUCACGUUUGUUUGCUUCACAAAAAUCUCACAUGCUUGUUACAAGAGCUAACAUGAACCAUGGAAAUUGUGAAAUCCACACUCACAGUAGACCUGUCUUGAGGGGAUAUCUGUGCACGACCAAGUUUUUCUGUUUAUGAAAAGGAGGGCAGGCCCCCAGCCUCUCCAUCGAUCGAUGCAAUCUGUACAUGACCAGCUGACCGGUCAAUUUUAAAACUGACCGGAAGUGCCACUGGAUAUCGACUGACGGUUCCUUUUACGUGGCUAGCCUUUUAAGAUGAGAAGAGAAAAUAUGGAACAAGCAUCCCAUUUCAGCAUUUUUUUUGUUUGCUUUGUUAAAGUCCUGGCUAAUCAAGGUAAUAUAUGCUAAUGGGAAAAAUAGUCUCAUUGAACAAUAACAGAAAAAAUGUGUGAAGAUGAGGAUCGUUUGAGCGGGAGAAAUUGCAUUAUGAUGACAGAUCUAUUUACACGGCCAAAAUAUCAUUAUGAUGCUGAUCCAGAUGUAUGGUGCAAGUCAACUCUGCCUGCCAGACGUAGAGAUCCAAGCCGGAAAAUUGGACGAUAUUCAGUGCCUUAGAAAUACAUAUAGAAAUCUCCAACUUGGAGAAACAGAAGACAAGGACUUAGUUGAUGCGAUUCAUGGAUAUGCUGGCAAUGGCAUCAAAGAAUCUUGAAAGGGUGUCACAAAACAGGACACUAUAUCAUGACAUGCAAUCCAUUGCUAUCGGCCAGCCACACGGCUUUGAAGCCACAACUGCUCACAAAGGGAAAAUUCAAUAAUGCGUUCCCAUCCACCAAUCCAGACGGGACAGAACGUUUUUUCCGAUUAACAUGAGAUAGAGGAGACAACAAAUACAAGAAUCUAUACAUAAUGGACGCAGAGGCCGGGGUGAACGCCGGUGAAGCGUAACGGAUAACAGAUGGCGAUUGGACUGGCACACACGCACACUGCCAAUGAUCUCCGAACAGAGACUGGAUCGUGUUCUCAUCAAACCAUGACAGGCCUGCGGAUGCGCCGGAGCGCGACCAUGGCCUAGACCCAGGGUACUUCGUUGUUUACUUGAUAAAUACAAUCGACCGCUCUAUGGUGAGGGUAAUCCGGAGCGGGUAUGAUUUCUCCAGGCACGUGAACCAUCCAGUCUUCAGUCCAGAUGGGCAGAGCAUCGCCUUGACAUCGGACCUCGCUGUGGUGUCCGCUAAUCCAAUGUCGCCUCCAAUCUUCUUGCACUCGGUGAGGUCCUAUUGUGACAUCUUCACUGUUGAUAUCGACCCUGACAACAUGGAGAAGAACCAGGAUGUGGAGAAGUUUGCCGGCGUCACGCAUGACAGAUACGAGAACUCCACUCCUGCCUGGUCGGUGUUCUCGACCCAUGACCCUCAUGCACAGUGGAACCUCCUGGUCAUGGAGGAAAGUUACACCCCUUCAUACCCGUAUGCGCAAAUUGACGGAUGUGAAAGUUGGCACAUGACAGGCCAGAUCUGCAUCCUGAAAGGGUCUGUUUCUGGCUCGUUUGGGAUUAAUUGUUUGAGAUGUAUCUGGAAUUUCUGUUUGAAUUGCUGUUGGACAUUUGCAUUUUACACAUUUCAUCUUGCUGUAAUGAGACUUCAGAGUUUUAUACGAGGAUUCUGAAUUGAGUACUCA